CGGGUCCGCUCUGCCAACUGGAAACGACGUUCAGCCUGUUUAGCUUGUGGGAAGGCGGGGGCAUGUAAGUCGGAAAGAAGCCCUCCUCGGUUUCCCAAGCGACCAUCGCCUUCGAGAGAGAAGCCAUGCUCCGCGGAGCCCUGAGAUUGCUCGCGCCAAAGCUGCGAGGCGGGGAGCGCGCCUUUCGGCCCUUUGCCUGCCGCCCGACCACUGAGAGGUGGGAAGAAAAACCUUCUUCUUUAGAAGCAAGAUGGAAAGAUACAGCAGAAGCAGUAAUUAUUGGAGGUGGUUGUGUUGGUGUGAGUCUUGCAUACCACCUGGCCAAAGCUGGUAUGAAAGAUGUACUUCUACUGGAAAAAUCUGAACUCACUGCUGGCUCUACCUGGCAUGCAGCAGGUUUGACAACAUAUUUUCACCCUGGAAUAAAUCUGAAGAAAGUCCAUCACUACAGCAUCAAGCUUUACGAAAAAUUAGAAGAGGAGACUGGACAGGCUGUGGGGUUUCAUCAGCCAGGAAGUAUUAGAAUUGCUUCAACCCCAACGAGAGUAGAUGAAUUUAAAUACCAAAUGACUCGAGCUGGUUGGCAUCCUGCAGAACAAUAUCUUAUCAAACCAGAGGAAGUACAAGAAUUAUUUCCUUUAUUAAACAUGGAAAAGGUCUUAGCUGGUCUGUACAACCCUGGAGAUGGUCAUAUUGACCCUUACUCUCUCACUAUGGCUUUGGCUGCAGGGGCCAAGAAAUAUGGUGCUCAGUUAAAUUAUCCAGUCCAAGUAACUAAUCUAAAAUCUAGAGAAGAUGGAACAUGGGAAGUUGAAACUCCACAUGGAAUAAUUCAAGCAAACAGAGUUGUGAAUACAGCUGGUUUCUGGGCUUGUGAAAUAGGCAAAAUGGUUGGAUUGCACCAUCCACUCAUACCAGUUCAUCACCAAUAUGUUGUUACUGCAACUAUUCCUGAAGUGAAAGCCCUUAAAAAGGAAUUACCUGUGCUUCGUGACUUGGAAGGUUCAUAUUAUCUGAGACAGGAAAGGGAUGGGCUUUUAUUUGGCCCAUAUGAAAGCCCAGAAAAAAUGAAACUACAGGAAUCCUGGGUAGCACAUGGAGUCCCACCAGGCUUUGGGAAGGAGCUUUUUGAGUCUGAUUUGGACCGAAUAAUGGAUCAUGUUGAGGCUGCUAUGGAAAUGGUCCCAAUCCUGAAACAAGCAGACAUUAUCAAUGUAGUUGCAGGUCCCAUAACAUAUUCUCCAGAUAUUUUGCCUAUGGUGGGACCACAUCAGGGUGUUCAAAAUUACUGGGUGGCUAUUGGUUUUGGAUAUGGUAUCAUCCAUGCUGGUGGCAUAGGAAAAUAUCUCAGUGACUGGAUACUCAGUGGGGAGCCUCCUUUUGAUUUAAUAGAAUUAGAUCCAAACAGGUACGGAAAAUGGACAACUACAGAAUUCACAGAAGCAAAAGCAAGAGAAUCUUAUGGAUUUAACAAUAUUGUUGGCUAUCCUAAAGAAGAAAGAUUUGCUGGGAGACCUACGGAAAGAGUCAGUGGGCUUUAUGAAGUCCUUAAGUCUAAAUGCUCCAUGGGAUUCCAUGCAGGAUGGGAGCAACCUCAUUGGUUCUAUAAACCUGGGGAUGAGAUUGGAUACAAGCCUAGUUUUCGACGUACAAACUGGUUUGAACCUGUGGGGCGUGAAUAUAAACAAGUGAUGGAAAAAGUGGGUGUGAUUGAUCUUACUCCAUUUGGCAAGUUUAGAAUCAAAGGCAAUGAUUCUGUUAAAUUUUUAGAUCGUCUGUUUGCAAAUGUGAUCCCAAAGAUAGGUUUCACAAAUAUAAGCCAUAUGUUAACCCCAAGAGGCAGAGUCUAUGCUGAACUCACCGUUUCUCAUCUGAGGCCAGGGGAAUUUUUGUUAAUUACUGGUUCUGGAUCAGAGCUUCAUGACUUGAGAUGGAUUGAAGAGGAGGCAGUUAGAGGACAGUAUAAUGUUGAGAUUAGAAAUAUUACAGAAGAAAUUGGAGUACUGGGUAUAGCUGGUCCAUGUGCACGGAAAGUCCUCCAGAGGUUGACAACAGAGGAUCUCAGUGAUACAGCAUUUAGUUUUCUACUAUCCAGACAUUUAAAAAUUGUGGAUAUUCCCGUUACUGCAAUUAGAAUAUCCUAUACAGGUGAACUGGGUUGGGAGUUGUACCACAGACAAGAAGAUUCUGCAGUUUUAUACUCUACCAUCAUGGAAGCAGGCCAUGAAGAAGGAAUUGACAACUUUGGAACAUAUGCGAUGAAUACAUUAAGGCUAGAAAAGGCUUUUCGGGCCUGGGGGGCAGAGAUGAAUUGUGACACUAAUCCUCUGGAAGCUGGACUGAAAUACUUUAUAAAAUUAAAUAAGCCAGCAGACUUCAUAGGAAAGCAAGCACUGAAGCAGAUUAAAGAAAAGGGUCUUGAACGGCAACUUGUGUAUCUCACCUUGGAAACAGAUAAUGUUGAUCCAGAGGGAAAUGAAAGUGUCUGGUAUAAUAACAAGGUUAUUGGCAACACCACAUCUGGAUGUUACAGCUACAGUACUCAGCGGAGUCUGGCUUUUGCGUAUGUCCCUGUGGAACUCAGUAAAGUUGGACAGAAACUGGAAGUUGAACUACUAGGCAAAAAUUAUCCAGCAACUAUUGUCCAAGAGCCACUGGUAAUGACUGAGCCAACAAGAACCCGGCUUCAGAAGAAGAAUGGGACUGCUAAAAUAUAAAAAGAGACAAACAUUUAAUUCUCCAGGAUUACGAAUCAAGAUUUGAUUAGCAUAUGACUUUAUUUGAGUUGGUAGCAAAUUGUACAUAAAAUAUGCAACAAUGUAAUAUUUUAAGUUUAGUAAUAAUUAAGAAUAAGGAACCAUGGUUAUUUUUACACAUUACCAAUGUCUUAGCAGUAUGGCAUUCUACACCUCUGGUCUGAGCAUAAGGGGAGAACCGUUUUCAAUAAAUAGGAUGGAUUUGUUUAGAUCAAAGUAAAUUAAAAUAAUGGAUUUUAAAUUACCAAGAAAAAUGGCUAAUUUAAAUCAAGUUUCCCUUAUUGAAAUUAAUGCAUUUCCUGAGGAAGCAUGAUUUCUUAUUGGUUGCACAAUCAAAACAUAGUAGUUUGUAAUUAAAAAGAGCCUUUAGGUGACAUAAAAGCAUGUCAAAAGUCAAAAUCUUUGACCACAUGCUUUCUUAGUUUAUGUCUUUUUAGUUUGGAUACUAAACAGUAGUAUAGUGGCAAUUUCAGAAAUGCAAGGUUCUUUCAUGAUAGUCAUGCCAUGCCCCCUUACAGCUACGCCCCCUUCUAAGAUUAUACAACUUUCUAAGAUUGUACAAUAAAAUAAGCUUUUAGUCUCAUACUUUGGAGUUCUGUUGAGUGGUGAGCAUGAGGAUAUGGCUUUUUGAGGUUCAGCAAGAAUACAAUGAGAGCUUCCAGAAGACUCUUCCCAGUGGUUAACACACUCGAUGCUGAUUGGUCUGUAAGAUGAUGGAGACAGGGACCCUGUUAGGACCCUGCUCCCAAUAAACUAUGGGGUCUAGGACCCUUAUGCCACUGGACAACCACACCCCUGAUACUAAGCAAGAUCAUAUGCUUGAAGGGUAAGGCUUUAAUCCUCUGAACCCUUCUUUGUAAACAAGUUCUACUGAAUAAGUAAGCUUCCAAGUAAACUUGCAUAACAUUGGCCUGUAACAAAUAUCUAGAAUUUUUCAUAAGCAAAGGAUGGCAGUUACUGAGGGAAAUAGUAUUUCUCCAUGAGAUUGAAAAUGAAUGCCUAUUCUAUUUGGUUGGAAGUCAUAAAUAUUAAUAAUUUCAGAACUGAACACAAUGUACAGCUUAGGUAGCUGGGAAUAAAAUAGGGGUAUAAGAUUAUCCAUGAGGCACUUAGCAGAUGAUCCAGAUGAUAUAUAGUAUGGCAUCAUCUGGAUUCAAAUGCCUGGAAUGACUUGCAAGUCCCUGGCCCCCACUAUGAUAUCAACAUAUAAAUAUAUUAAUUGUUAUGCAAUGAAGACACAUUCCCCACAGUUAUUUCUUUACAGUGAAAAGCAGCCUGUUGUAAGUUUAUAAUAUAGUAAUAAGUUCAAUUUUAGAAGAAAAUGAGUUGUAUUCUAAGGAGAUUGUUCGAUCAGUGCAAGCAUUUAUUCCAACAGAAUGAUCGCCCCUCUGCUCCCUGCACACUGUUUUGGGGGUUCUCCCAACCCUCUGGAGCAGAUUUGGGGAGGGCACAUAUGGGGAGGAGAGGGCGGAAGUCCCAUUGCACUAGCAGGAACACCAGCUCUGGCUUCCACUAGCACAAUCACUUAGUUGAAUAUGGCCCUAUGUUUGUAUUAAGUUCACAUUUCAUUUUAAACCAGAUUAUUUUAAAAAGGGAAACUCCUUAAGCUGAAACUAAAAAAAAAAACAUUUUGAAUUUUUGUUGUUUUUUCGCCCUAAACCCUUGAUUAUUGGUAACCCAAAGUUACAAACUGUUAGGGAGUAUACCCUGCUUGUUUUCCCAGAGUGCAAAAAUUAAGCAUGUUGCAGAUACACCAUCAAUAAAUAGCAGCAGCAGUCUUCAGUAAGUCUUUGGAAAAAACUAUGUUGCAAUAUACGUUGAGUAUGUUGUAGGAGUCUUCAGCUACAGAACACGUGCAGAGUCCUUGUAGAAAUGAUGGUCUGAAAGGGAGCAUUGAUCCCAAAGGAGAAUGAAGUGCAGUGAAAGCUGGCCUAACUAGAUUGGCUCAGUGGAAUAAUAAGUUCCAUAUCUGGGUCGAGCCAGCUAACCAGAAAUUUACUUAUAGGGUAGUUGCAUCUCCCAGAUGGUUCUGAACUUGCUUUUCAAAUAGGGAUUUAGGAGAAAUUCAAUUUGCAUUUAAAGACAAACCUACCUAAUUCACACUUUCCGAAACAAUAUGCAAACUGAAACACAGCUAUCCUUCGAUUUCUCCAAAUUUUGCAAUGAAAUUCUUCAGACAAGUAAUGUGGAAAAAAAUCCAAAUACUAGGGUAAAGUGUGCAUUAAAAUGCAUCUAUUAAUGAAAAUAAUAAAAUUGCAUAUAAAACGUAUAUAUUAGGAGAAAUUCACACAAAAAUGCAUGAAAAUGAAUUUUCAUGGGGACACUUAAAAAAUGACAAACUGACGUGAAAAUGUGUAAAGGUAAGCUUUAGACUGGAAAUAUGAGAAACAGAGAAAUUGAAAUUACAGAUUCAUCCAUCCCUAGUUGCAAAAGAGCUAGCCAGUUCAAACAAUUUGGCCUGAGAAAAUGGAUUGGAGAUUAAACCAGAAAUAUUGUUUCUCUGCAGGGGUCCAGAUUACCAGAUGCUCUAGAUGAUGCUGUUCGUCUAUAUCAUAAUAUAGGGAUUGUCUAUAUAUAUAUAUAUAUAUAUUGCUUUGAACACCCGUGUAAUAUAAAUUUGCUUCUGGCAUUUGGAGCAUAAUACCAGAUCCAAUAAAAGUGAAGAGCACUUCA